AUGUUCCUCGCACUCGUGGUGACGCCAGAGCUGAGGGACUUCCUGGCCAGGGCGAGAGGUGGAGCGGUGCGCCUCAUCAAGGUGCGCAUCCAAGAUGGUGAGUGACCUGAGACCAAGGGCCGGUGUGGUAGACCCUGAGUGGAAUGAAAUGUUUAAUAGACUAUAUGGAGAUAUAGCGUAUUUGUAAGAGCUUUUUGGCGAGUGAUUGGAUGUUGUAGAUUAUGUAGGCCAUAAAUCAGAGAGUAAACAUCUUACACAAUCAAUCAGGCAGCUAUCCAGACCUUUCUACACUAUAAAUUGAUACGCAGAGUUCCAUCAACAAGUCCUUGAUGCAAUCCUGUUUUUGACCCGAGUCUCUGAAUUGUGACCCCGCAAGAUGGCACAUUAUUGAACUGUGAUCACCAACUACAGGCUUUUGUGGCCUUCUUGUACACCUGCGUUUUGAAAGUUGAAGAUUUUUCUCGUUAAACUUUUCUUCUGAAGUUUACGACUUUCAUAGUUCUUUUAUAGUGGCAGCUGCUCUUCUCUUUUCCUUUAGAGGGGGACAUGACCUCAGGUUGGAGAAUACCUCACAACAUAGCACAGUUUAUACACCUAAAGACAUCUGUAGUGGCCUUGAACCGUUCAAAGAGUUUUGAAGGCCAUUCAUUUUCAAGCAGGAGAUCAAGACUCUCAUAAGGAGAUGUCUCAUUACAUUUCUUCCUUUUUUCAUCGCUCACGGAAACCGACUGGAUUUGUUUCAGUCAGACUCCAGUCUUCUCAGUUAUACCUACAACAAUAAAAAUUUCAGAGAAGACUUAGGCACCUAUGACAUGGACAUUUUAUUUGAGGGAUGACCCCUUAAGAUGAGUAAUCCCUAUUCCAAGAGGGUCACUGAUCUCUGAAAACCAUCCAAAGUUGUCCAUACAAGCUUCCCUCUGUUCAAAAAUACUCUUUUGACAGUCUGAUAAAAUAUUCCACGAGCACAGUACAAAAAAAAUCCUCAAGCCGGCUGUAUUUCUCAAUGAAGGUAGCCCUAAAUAAAUUGUCCUCUUGCUUAGAUUUACAACACACAAACAAACAACUUUUUGUAUUGGGAAAUGAUUUAUAACAGUGGAACAUUACAGAUAUAUUAUGUUUUGUUUAAAGACAUUAAAAUCCAAGAAGAGCCCUCUCUAUUUCCAGCUACAGUAAUUUUUUUAUCCCUAACAGUAUAAUUGUCAUUAUUUUUUAUUCAGACCGCUGAAAAGGGUCCUCAAAGAUUCUGGGAACCAUCAGAGUACCAGUAAUUGUCAAUAAAAGUCCUUCCGGUUUUUCAAAGUUCACGGAGUUUCCAGAAAAAACAAACUCUGGCCGAAAGGCGAUACACGAGAGGGAGGAACUCGUGUCAGAAGAGAAGGAGAAUCUUGAGGAUGUGGUUUCUCAUUAAGAGGCCACAAACAAAACAAACGUAUGGUCAAACACCGCUCUGGACUUUGUGGAGCUUCUAGGAAAGCGGGAUUGCAUCAGCAGCACAAAAACAGACAGUUAGUGUGUCAGCUGAGCAAGUCUGAAAAACUGGGCAGUGAGUCAAUGGGUUUGUGGAGGGCGACUGAUGGGCAGACUGAUGUGUUCAUGAGGUGUUUAUAUCUUGUUUUCUUAUUAGACCAGUGUCACACUUGAAAUCUGAUUCAUGGCAGAUGCAUUCUGGGACAUUUUAGGGGCUAUCUUUGAUGUCUAUGGAUAUCAAAUGAAGGGUUUGGUUUCUUAUCUGAAGGGUUGAUGUCAGUGGAGACUCUGCGCUACAGAGACAGACAGAAAAAGGUUGUCGGAUCUGUUUUACUUCCCUGCUAGAGCCGGGGGAGAGCUUCCUGGGUGUCUCUUAGAUAUUUUGAGCGACAUGUGACUUGACAUGGCGUUUUGCUACCGCCUGGUGACACUCAUUAUUGCUCCAAUGUCAAAAGUGAAACAAGAUCACGGCUGAUUUCACCACCGCUGGUUUUAUAUUCCGCUCAUGGUCUAACCGUCCAAGUAUUUGCUUUUACUCACGAGUUUGUGUCUUUAAUUUUGAACUUUUAAGGUUACAAGCCAGCACACAAAAACCAGAGGGAGCUAUUUGUGUACAGCUGUUGUUAUAGAGUCACAUAUAUAUAACAGGUUUAAUGCAAAUGAAUCUUAAAAGACUGUAACAGAAAGAGAGAAUGGCAGAUGGAAAGUAUGUUAGCGCAGAGCAGGAAUGUGUUGUGGCCCAGAAUAGCAUCACGCCCCAAGAGACGGUCAGGAAAUCCCCUUGUACCCCACAAGGACAUCAGGCUUUAGGUGUUUGUUUUGUUUCAUGACGCCACGCUGGCAGGGUUUGCUUUGUCACUCCCAUCAGAACAAAACAACCUGUCCAGUCAGAAAAUUGAUCUGGCAGAAAAUUGACAAGAGGACUUGUUCUGCUGUGUGUGUGCAGCAAACACACAGAGAGCAAACAGUGAAAGCUUUGUGGUGUUUCAGUAAAGGUCUGCUUUGUAAGUUUACAACAGGAGCAGCGAUCAACAGAGGUGUCUGAAUAUUAAACAAACUGUCAGCAGGGAAGUUUAAUUAUCCAUUUACAAUCUAUAAACGUUAAGUGAUGAGAGGAUUCUCCGUUUUUAUCUGCUGUUUGAGAGCGUAAAAACAACAGUGUCAUCUUGGCUCAUAGAAAUAAGAUCAAGAAACAUUUAAUGAACAGUUUUCUGAACAGAUAUCAUUUAAUCUACUAAUUCAUUUUGACUGGGAAUCAAAAUAAUAAUGAAAAUAACUGUUGGUGAUAGUUGCGCAUACUCUCUAUGUUUCUAACCCUUUGAUGCCUUUUUUAUCAUCUUUGAUAUAUACUUUUAUGAUACUUCAAAUCAAUGAAAUCAACAAAUUACUAAAAAAAAAAAAACACCUGAAUACAGCCUGAUAUAUGAUAAAAAUGUCCUCUUGUGGUUUAUCAAUUUCCAAAAACAUCUAAUGUAUCAAACAAGAUAAAUAAAUGUAUUUGUUAAAUUUUAAAGACAUUUUUUGUUUUGUUUUUUUGUUUUCAGUAGUAAGUGAAAUAAACAUUUCAGCUCCAAAAAAAAUUUAAUUUCUGGCCUUAGUUUGUGGUUUCAGGUAUUAAAGGGCUCAUGAUGUAUUAGGAGUCUGUAUUUUCACUUUAAUAUUAACCGGAAUUGUUUACACAGACUUAAGAUGUAGUGACAAAUGAUGACAUGAAAGUGUCCAAGAAUGUUAAAACAAGGAGAGUAUUGACAUGAACGGCCAUUUUUACUUAUCUGUUUGUCAGGACUGGUACAACGCAUCUUCAGAAGAUGUGCAGAAGUGAUGUCAGGAAAUGUCGGGGUCCUGACAUUAAAAAAAUGAAUCUUUAAGAAAUAUUUUGUUCACUUGUAGCUCUUUAAUGCCUGACACCAAAAAUCAUGGCCAGAAAAUUGGCUAAAAUGUUUAUUUCAUUUACUACUGAAAACCAAAAUAAUCUAAAUGUCCUUAAAAUUUAACAAAUAUAUUUAUUUAUUUAUAUUUAUUUUAACGUUUGAUACGUUAGAUGUUUUUGGAAACUAAUAAACUACAAGAGGACAUUUUUAUCAUUCAUCGGACUGUAUUCAGGUGUUUAUUUUAGUAAUUAGUUCAUCAUAUUGAUUUGAUAGAGGUAUAUAAAAAUAUGUAUCAAAUAUGAUACAAAAGGCAUUGAAGGGUUAAUGUUGUUCAAAUCUGGUAAGUCACUCUCAGUUUGUUUCCCAUUUGCUGUUUUCUGUUAACCGUUCAGUUUUAAUGUUUCCUCAAUCUUUAGUAGCAUGAAUCAGUUACAGACCAACAUGUCGUUAACUUUCAUGAGCUGCUUGAAGACGUCUUUCCUAGAACAGUAUUUCUUGCAGUGGAGUAAGUUCAUGCAGUUUGUUACCACAUUCCUGUCAUAUUUCCACAUCAACUUUCCUCUCUCUUGUGACUGAAAACUGCAGAGUCCUUGAACUCCAGCUGUAUGGUAUGUCCCAGUGUGUUGUAUCGACUCUGUUACAUAUGGAGGACUGUGAGGUAUGUGAUGAGUUGUGGUCUGAUUUUCAGAGCAGCUGGUGCUUGGGGCCUACAGAGAGCCAGAGAGGAGCUGGGACCGGGACUACGAUCGCUUCCUGCUUCCUCUCCUGGAAGACCAGGAGCCGUGCUACAUCCUGUACCGCCUCGACUCCCAGAAUGCACAGGGCUACGAGUGGAUCUUCAUUUCCUGGUCUCCUGAUCAGUCUCCAGUAGGCCACAGCAUGUACACACUUCAUUUGACAGAUUAUAGUGUGAAAAGUGUUUUAGUCAAGCCACCAAAACUCCUGUCAGGGUCAAGUGUGGAGUUUCUGAGUCCUAAGAUAAGAUAAGAUAAAAUGUUCCUUUAAUAGUCCCACAGGGGGAAAUUCCAAAAUUACAGCUGCAUAGUAUGGAUACAAAAAGCAUAAAAUUAAAAGAUAAAGAAACUUUGAAUUAAAACAUGCGUCAUAUUUACAUCUGUACUAAAUAAUAAAUUUUACAUAAUAAAAUGAUUUAUUGCACAUUUAUUGCAUUUAUCCUUUUCUUUAUCUGACGUUUGCAGAGCCGGCCCAAGGCAUAAGCGAACUAAGCGCCUGCUUAGGGCCCCACGGCCAAUAGGGGGGCCCCCAAGAGCAAUGAAAAAAAACAAAAAACAUUUAAAAUAUUUUUUAUUUUUUGCAUGUAUGAGUGAUGCUUUCUGUAUGAUCAAAUAUAUAUUAUCGUAAAAAUAAAAUAAAGUAAAAAACAUUUUAGUGCUGCUGCUAAUGUAGGCCUAUGAUUCUUACUGCCGAUAUGUCAAAGCUCCGCUACCGUUAUGUGCCUCUGCUGUGCAAUGUGCACUGAGCAUCUGAAGCGCAGGUAGUUGUGGGGCAAAUAAUGUCGCAAAGAAGGACAUAUCCUUCAGGAGCAGAGAAAAGAAAGAGGAAGAAGAGAAAAAACGGCAAGAGAAAGGUAUGUCAUAAAUGUUAAUCAAAAAGAUUUGUGAAGGUGUGUGAAUGAUUAAAAAUCAAUAUUAUUGGCAGAAAUAGAGGGCCCCCAAAAUCAAAUUUUGCUUAGGGUCCCAUUGAGGCUUGGGCCAGCUCUGGACAUUUGGCACAACUACUGCUUUAAUAUCUUAGAGAGCAAAAUGCAAAAUGUCAGACCUUGCUCAAAACUAUGUAACUUCUUAAGACCCUAGACAACAAAACUAAGAAAAACAACAUUAAAGCAGUCUUGAAUGGCCCUUGUCUCUAUGUUCACAGUGUGAAUGCUGUUGUUGCUCGAGUUCAAGUCCAAGUUUCACUCAUCAGACAGGAGUCCUUGAAAUUAGAGCUCUAUUUGGAUGCUACUCUGCAACAAUGAGCACAGAUUAAUGUAUUAACAGAUAAAAUGAAGCAAAAUAACAAAAUAGAGACAUAUAAAGUAGGAUAUAGACAACUUUCUCAUAAUAUAAUAUUGUGGAAAUAGAAUUUAUGAAUGUUUUAGAAGCAGUACAGGGUCUUCUUUAGACCUCAGAUAAACACAAAGGAUUUAAAAAGCCAACAUUCACAUUCAGAGAAAAACAGUCUCAGCUCUCUCAAGGCCCGUGCACUAACGCUACAUUUCCUAUUCAGCAUAAAAAAACAUCUUUCAUGACAUUGUCUGGCUUUGUGAAAUCUGUUUCUAUUAAACCCACCAGUUCACUCCUAAACCUGAAAAUCAUCAGACUCGGCUCAGACUUCAUGGUCAGAAUUAUGACUACAUCACUGGGGUUAAGCUAAAAACAAGUCAAGUCCUACUUUAAACCAUUUUUGAUUUUAUCUUGGUUACCUGAUCAAACACAUUAGUUUAGAGUUGUUUCUCUUUUUGAUCAGACAUCGUUUCCUUUGUGUUGGUUACAGGUGAAACAGAAGAUGUUGUACGCUGCCACUCGUGCAACAGUAAAGAAAGAGUUUGGCGGCGGCCAUGUGAAGUAUGAGAUGUUUGGCACAGCUGAGGUGAGGGAAAUUCAAACCCAUUUCAGUUCACUGUGACAGACAGUCUAUUCUGCUGCCAUGACGUCGCACUGGAGGUGUCUGUUCUGUGGUCAUCCAUCUUUUCUUGCUUGCAUCACUAGGAGGACAUCUGUUUGCUGGGUUACCAGCGUCAUGUGUCAUCCUGCUCAGGUCCUGCCCCGCUCACAUUAGCUGAACAGGAGCUCCAGCGGAUCAAAAUCACAGAGGUGAGAGGUCAGCAUGGCUUCAGCUGUGUCGUCAUCACUGCAUGUGCCAAAGACUCAAUAUAAGCCCUUCUAUUUUGAAUUUAAUGUUGUUUCAUUCUCUCUGCAGGGCCGGGUUAAACAGGUACGAUGCUACAUCAUUCAUUAAAAGUGUAUUUUUUUAUAUGAAGUUUGAUUUGAAGUAGAAAGGAGGUGACAGAAACAAACCCAAAUGCAUUGGUUAGAAUUAAAAGAUUGAUUUUUUGACACAUUUUUUGGCUUUUCCUUUGGAGCCCUGUACUGAUCAGUGUGUUACUUGCUGCCCCCUGCAGGUGAAGACAGAGAUCAGCGUGGAGAGUAAACACCAGACACUUCAAGGCCUCGCUUUCCCUCUACAGGAGACAGCCAAAAGAGCCUUACAGCAGCUCGCCCAAAAACGCAUCAACUACAUACAACUGGUAAAGCCUGAGGAGAAAUACAGGAUCUCUUUAAAACACGGAGACAUCACUGAUAUGUUAGGUUUCUUCUGUUUUUAACCGACUUAUUGACCAUUUCACUGGUUUUGUUUUUUUUAGCGGUUGGAUGUAGAGAAAGAGAUAAUUGACCUCGUCCACUGCAACCCGACAGAAACUCGAGAUUUGGCCCACAGAGUACCCAAAGACACUCCAAGAUACCACUUCUUCCUCUACAAACACUCCCAUGAAGGAGACUACCUGGAGUCUGUGGGUAGGUCACUGAUCCCAUAAUCCUCCUCUUUUUUACAUCUGUACAAGUUGUACAAGCAUGAGCGAGGAGGGCUACAUCCUGUGAACACCUGGUGUGCAGACACUGAGAGACGCUUAGAAAAACACGAGUUCAUCCCUUCUGGUCUUUAUCAGAUGUUCUGAACAGUUUUGACAGGCUUUAAAUAAAGCAGUACUUAGGCUUGACUUAUAUCUGAUUUUCCCCUUCCCCAUUUUUUAUUGAGGAAUUUGCAUUGGUCCCAGAAGGUCAAAAAAUCCAUCAUUCAAUGAGGAGAAAGAACAAUUUGGGGAAAAGUUCAGAAGGCAAUAAAUUAACAUACACAUCAAAUACAUUUUUCAGGCUGAUCUAUGUCUGUGUGAAAUUACCCCAAACAUCUCUAAGGUAACCUCUAUUAUUCUAAUGUUUUACUAUGAAUGUGUAUUUAAUGCAUCAUAUAGCGCCCUUAAAAAUCAACCAAUCAUGGGUUUGUAUUGGUCUGGAGAGGUCAGAUACCCAUUAUUAAAGCAUCUGUGAGGAGUUUUUUGAUAUUAAUGAAAAAGAUGGAAAUUCAGAUUGGUGCUUUUUAUAUGAUUUUCAAAAAGAAAUGAGACCAUGAUUUUUAUAAACUGUAGUUUUAAAUGCCUAAAACUCAUGUAAGGGGGUAGGUGUCAGCCCAACAGCUAAAAACACAGCCCUGGUUUUACAAUUUUCAUAUCAAAUAUUCCCAACAUAUAGACUGUAUAUACUAUGGACAACUUGGUUCUGCCUUCCGCUAGUAUACGGAUUUGAAGCCAAAAAGCUCUCGGUAUUUCCAGGUUUUUUCUCCACUUCCUGAAACCAACAUUGCGCAGUAGCGUUGUACACAUUCGGCGGGAGAGUCACUGUGAUGACACUCGGCUCAAACAGCGUAUCUCCUGCAUGUAUAAUGUCCAAAAAUAGUGUCAAAAUAAGUGUUUUUCUGAUAUCAAAGUGCUGCAGAUUUCCUCAACAGAGCAUACACUUACACUGAUAAGUACCUCAUACAACCCCGCCCAAUUAUUCCUUUCACUUUGUUAGACUUCAGAAGCUUUUCUCUGAAUUUGUGUGUCUGUCUGAGUAAUAUUACAUAAUGAUGAUCUUAUUUGCUUUUGGAUAUCAAAAAUGUAAAAAAUAUUUUUUUUAAGUACAUGUGGCUCUGUUUACUGCUGGAACAUUUCACACCUACACCCCUUUUCCCAGUUUCCUGUUGAUGCUUGUUUGAUCAAUAUCAGGUACAAAAACACAUUUUUGAUUCUCAUUGGUCUUUCUCUUUCUAUCUGCAGUGUUCAUUUACUCUAUGCCAGGAUACAGCUGUAGUAUCAAGGAACGCAUGUUGUAUUCCAGCUGCAAGAGCCGAUUACUGGAGGACGUGGAGAGAGAUUAUCAUUUGGAAAUUGCUAAAAAGGUAACCCAUGAAUAAAAUGUUGACCACUUUUUCAAUGGCCUCUAGUAACUUCUGAUAACACUGGUGCAAUGUUUGCCACGCUCUUGCAUGUGCAGAGGGAAGUUAGCAGCUGAUUUGAAUUAUAAGUGUUUCAAAAUAAAGCAGUCAGACGUCAUGUUGGAGUAGAAAACUUGCAGAAAACCAGCAGCAAUGAUGAACGAGUAGAAACAAAUUCACUUUAGAGGGUGAAUUUCCUCGAAGUGUGGAAAAAAUAAAACCUCACCCUCCUUUAAUGGUCCCUAACAAAACGCAGCAUUAAUCACAGUCAAACGGUGGCAAAGGUAACAGUGAUGCAAGGCUGAGUGAGAAAUGCUGAUGCACACUCACAUACAGCUCAACACAUGAUCCCUUGUAGGCCCCCUUCAGGUGGCGGUGCAAAUCAAUAUAAUAAAAAAAAAUAAGGGGGCUCAUUGUGGGAGUUUUCACACAUUAAAACUGAAGACUGUUUCAAACUCUCACAACCUCAAGCUAAAAAAUAAACAUCGGUAAUAUGUUGCAGUGGCGCCAAAUGAAUUUCAUGUCCUAAACUUUGCGACCAAAUCUUUGUGAUUUUCUUUUCAUUAUUUUGUAGCUGGAGAUCGACGACGGAGAUGAACUGACAGAGGAUUUUUUGUACGAAGAGGUCCAUCCCAAGCAGCACGCCCACAAACAGGCCUUCGCCAAACCCCGUGGGCCUGCGGGGAAAAGGGGACACAAGCGCCUCAUCAAGGGUCCAGGAGAGAAAGUACAGGACAGCUAG